GUCGCCGGAAAAUAUGGCGGUCACUGUCAAGUGAAAGCAGUCAAGCACACUUUCUUUCUUUAUUAAUAUAUUUGCAGGAAUCAGAAUUUAAUCCUUCCUUCAACAUCUAUCACUCAUUUCAAUUCCAAUACCCGAAUCUCCCAAUUCCACUCGCCGUUGCUCCGCCUGCUUUGCUGUCUCUCCGAUCACUAGUUUAACUUCUACAAACUUAGUUGGAAUCAUUGGCUGAAUUGUAUUGUGAAGAGAAGAUGAAGGUGGUAGGGUUAGUAAGUGGUGGCAAAGACAGCUGCUUUGCCAUGAUGAAAUGUAUCGAGUAUGGCCACGAGGUUGUUGCAUUGGCAAACUUGUUACCGGCUAAUGAUUCUGUGGAUGAGCUUGAUAGCUACAUGUAUCAAACUGUUGGCCAUCAAAUUGUUGUCAGUUAUGCGAAUUGCAUGGGAGUGCCUUUGUUUAGACGGAGAAUACAAGGAUCCACCAGGCGCCAUGACCUAAGCUACGACACGACUCCAGGUGAUGAAGUAGAGGACAUGUUUAUCCUGUUAAAAGAAGUUAAAAAACAGAUACCUUCUAUAACAGCAGUCUCGUCUGGUGCAAUUGCUUCCGACUAUCAAAGAUUACGAGUAGAAAAUGUUUGUUCAAGACUUGGGCUCAUUUCUCUAGCAUAUUUAUGGAAGUUGGAUCAAUCACUGCUCUUACAGAAAAUGAUUGAAACUGGCAUUAUCGCUAUCACAGUAAAGGUUGCAGCUGUUGGUUUAAAUCCUUCAAAGCACUUGGGAAAAGAGAUGUCAUACCUAUGGCCACACCUUCUUAAGUUAAAUGAGUUAUAUGGUAGUAAUGUAUGUGGUGAAGGGGGAGAAUAUGAAACAUUGACUCUUGAUUGUCCCCUUUUUAAAUAUGCUCGAAUUGUUCUAGAUGAGUUUCAACUUGUACUUCAUGAUUCAAAUCCCAUCGCUCCUGUGGGGAUCCUUCACCCCUUAACCUUCCAUUGUGAAGAUAAAUCUAAAUCUGCUUCUGUAAGUGAUGUUAACACAAGUAAUGGUUUCAAUCUGGAGAAUAUGGGUUCUAUAAUUGAAGUACAAAACGAAUCUCCAGAUAUAUCUGAACUCAAGAGCCAGUCAUCCGAUUUUGCCUAUGAUGUGGCUGAACUUGAAAAGCAUAAACCUCAUAUGUCAAAAACUAAAAUGAAGAAUACUUUCUCUAUAUGUUGCUGGCUGCAGGACUCGAAUGGAACUUCAGUGGGUCUGCAGGAGGAUUUGAAGAUCAUUUUACUGAAAAUUGAAUCACAGCUUAGCGAAAUUGGUUUUUCUUGGGAGAAUGUAGUUUACAUUCACCUGUACGUUUCAGAUAUGAAUAUGUUUGCUAUUGCAAAUGAAACAUAUGUGAGUUUCAUAACUCAGGAGAAAUGUCGGUUUGGCGUGCCAUCCCGCAGUACAAUCGAACUUCCUCUUCAUCAAGUUGGUCUCGGGAAGGCUUAUGUGGAAGUGCUGGUAGCAAAUGAUCAAACUAAGAAAGUACUUCAUGUUCAAAGCAUCUCUUCAUGGGCUCCUAGUUGCAUUGGACCUUAUAGCCAGGCGACUUUGCAUAAAGAGGUACUUCACAUGGCCGGGCAAUUGGGACUUGACCCUCCUACCAUGUCACUAUGUAGUGGGGGCCCCACUGCUGAACUAGAACAAGCCCUGGUAAACAGUGAAGCUAUUGCAGAGUCGUUCAACUGCUCAAUAGGUACAUCUGCCAUAUCGUUUGUCAUUUAUUGUUCAAAGUCUACCUUGACCCUGGACAGAGUCAGCAUGGAAGAAAAGCAAAAAGCUAUUCUUGGUCAGAUGAAGCUACUAAAUUUGGAUCAAAAACGUCUUUCUGGAGUCCUAAAUCCAGUCUUCUUGUAUGUGUUUGUCCCUGAUCUGCCAAAAAGAGCUUUUGUUGAGGUGAAGCCCAUGCUCUUUGUUGAGGAUGUUACAAAAACCGAGGAAGUUGAUGACGAUCAUGUUAUGUUAACACAUAAAGGGAUUCCAUUUGAUAUUUGUUUUCAAUCAGAAAAAUGGCAUGAUGAGUGUCUUCAAAAGUGUCUUAUUCAUGGCAGAAUAUGUGUGGUCAUUUUGUCCAUUACAUCUGAAAUUGCUGAGAAGAUAUGUUCCGAUGCUGAUGAUCUUCCGGCGAUUACUAUCGAGGAGAAAAUGGAAAGAGUUGCAAAAUUUUGUGUACUCCGUCUUGAUAAAGUUCUCUUACAGAGCUACUUCUCUUGGGACGAUGUAACGAACAUGCGAAUUUACUUUUCAACAAGCCAGGCUAUCUCCCAUGAAACAUUGUCAUUCAUCUUCAAAAGAUCAUACGAUAAAUUUGCUGAAACGAGCAAAAAGAUGAAGACUUGCGAAGAACCCAUUUUCAAUGUUGUUCCUGUAAUUGGGGCUGGAAGUUCUGCUACUUCCAUAGAGGAUAUGAUCACCUGUGAGCUAGUUGCAAGAAAAUCUUGAGAAGCCCAAUAUUUACUCUUUGUUCUACAUAUAUUGGAUACGAUGAGCUCAUUCUGGGGGGUUAACAUGAAAAUUAUGUGGGAUCUCACAUUUCGAUAACCACUUCAAGUAACAUGUUUUUUUUUUUUUGUAUUGUAUUGUAUUCGUAAACAGUUACCAACAAAAUCAAAGGGUCCGAUUAACUGGUUAAAAUUGUGUGUAUGGUACAUUUUUGUUCAGUCGGUAUCAGUCAAGAAAGAGUCGGGUAGUAUGCACGUGACGAGGAAAUGAAGUGGCUUGACAUUAAUCCUACGCGGAUAUGGAUGCUUAAAUUGCACAUAUACAUAGUUUCUCUGACCAACUUAUUUAUUA